AUGAGUAUAGUUGAUAGAGUUGACAACUGAAGUUGGUUCGAACCUUGCGAUAAAAAAUUUCGGUUUUGUACGUUCGUACGCAAAGAUUUGGUUCAUCUAUUUGAUUCAUUUGUCUAUACAUCUGGAACAACCUUAAAAAGAUCAGUGAUAUUUCUAGUGCAUUUUUAUAAUGUCGGUCAAUCAUGAUCAAAAUCUUGAGUGUCCUCUCUGCAUGGACCCAUUUGAAAUGGAUGACAUUAACUUUUACCCAUGCACAUGUAAAUACCAAAUCUGCCGUUUCUGUUGGCACCGAAUAAGGACAGAUGAAAAUGGUCUUUGUCCUGCUUGCCGAAAACAAUAUCCUGAAGAUCCUGCAGACUUCAAACCUCUUUCUGUUGAAGAGUGGCAGAAAAUAAAGAAUGAAAAAAGACAGAAAGACCAACAGAAAAAACAGAAAUUAUCUGAAAGCAGAAAGCAUUUAGAAAAUGUUAGGGUUGUACAGAAAAAUUUAGUAUUUGUUGUUGGUCUGCCAACUCGAUUAGCAGAUGCUGAAGUCCUAAAAAAAUAUGACUAUUUUGGGAAAUUCGGCAAAAUACACAAAGUAGUUGUGAAUCAAAGUACAAAUUAUGCCGGUUAUCAGGGCCCAAGUGCAAGUGCUUAUGUAACAUAUUGUAGACCAGAAGAUGCAUUAAGAGCUAUUAAAUCUGUAAAUAAUAUUCAAGUUGAUGGUAGGACAUUAAAAGCAUCUCUGGGAACAACAAAAUAUUGUAGCAAUUUUUUGAAAAAUCAGCAGUGUCCUAAAACAGAUUGUAUGUAUUUACAUGAACUUGGUGAUGAAGCUGCUAGUUUUACUAAAGAAGAUAUGCAGCAGGGAAAACAUCAAGAAUAUGAGAAAAAACUACAAGAUCAAAUUCUAGGCUGCAAUAAUAAUAACAGAAAACAAACUGUUUCUCCUCCACCACAAGAUGAUUCUACAAAUUCUCAAAAAGAGUCUUGGCCAUGUACAGUGCAAAAUGCCAAGGAAUCUCGAACAAGUAGAUCAAAAGAUUCUUCACAAAACCAGAGAACAGAUGGCAAAAGCAAUCGUUCUAAAAAACAUACCUCAGAAGGACAAAAAAGCAAAAAAAGUAAAAACAAAUCAUCUGAUUCUGGGCAGCAUAGUAAUGCAUCCAAGAGCACAACUAAAGAAGAAAGUACUGUUCAAAGAAAGAGUCAAAAAUCGAAACACAACAAAGAAUCUACUUCAACACAACCUAUUCAGAGGAUAGAAACUGUUCCUGCUACCAGCAGGGGAAACGGCUUGAGUGGAAAACUGACUGAAGUCAUAGAAAUGAAUAACAAAAAUGCGCAAACUACAUUCGUUCAUAUUGCAGAACAGCAAUCUCAACCCAAACCGGUGUCUGCGAGUAUUAAAAUAGCGCGUAGUGAAAGUCCUGGAUUGCCACCUUCACCUAUAUCUUCUUCUAGUUCCUCAUUAUUCACACCUUUUGGGAGCUUAUCCAGUAACUUCAUGUCUUCAUCUUCACCUUCUCCUCCGCCCAGCAACAACCCUCUUUCUUUCGACAACCUAGGAUCUUCUGCGAAUACUCAGGAGGACAGUUCCCCGGUCAAUUCAUAUGCAGCUCCAUCCGUGGGGAUAGAACAGAAAAGACAGUCCCCUAAUCCUUUGUUUGGUAAUUUAGAAAGCAAUGAUUCUUUGUUUAGUCACAUGAAUUACCUUCCUGCUUCAACAGACUGUGGUUCCUAUAAUGGACAUUUGCACAAUGAAGAAUCUGCCACAACGGAUAGUUCUGAUUGGAGCUCCAAUUAUUCAUUUGGGGAAUCCCAGAAGCAAAUGCCUGAAGAUGAUUUGGAUUUUGAUCCUUGGAAUGAAUCAUCUAAAGGCUUAGCUGAUCUUAUUGCCAAAGAAGCAGUCCACACUCCUGCUUGUUCUGGUAUGCCAACACCCCCUGGUUUCUUUCAACCUAUAAAACCCCCGGUGCCAAAUCAGCAGAGGAUAGCUGUCCCACCUCCCGGUUUUAGUUCCAGACAAAUUCCGCACACAAAUUCUAUGAAUCACAUUCAAGGGAUGUUUAGUCCUAACACAGAAUUCCUAUCAAACAAAAUGUCAUCCUUUAGGGAAUCAAGACAAACUUUGAAUAACUGCACACAUUAUUAUCAAGAUGCACCUCAAAAUCCUAUUGGUAUAUCCAAUCAGUAUAAGCAACAAUUUCCUCAACCUAAUACCCGUGAUAUUAUUGAAAAUAUUCGAUUAAAGAAAAAUUGUGAUGAACGUUUACGUACCUUGUUUCCUGAUAUGUUAUAUCACUUAGGUCAAAAUAGGAAUCUACAAAAAAGUCAACUACAGAAUGGGCCAACAUGGAAUUCUCAAAGUAGAGAACAUAUAUCAUGGUUGUCUAAUGAAAUUCCUUUAUUAAAUUCAGGAAAUAUUAUGGAUGCACAAAGAAGUAGUCCACAACUAUGGAUGAAAGCUUUGCAGCAACUAACACUUGAAGAAAACCAAACUCAGCUCAACGGUCAUUCUCCUUAUGCAAAUCCUUUUUUGCGAGGCCAAUGGCCAACAGCCCAGUGCCCUCCUCCUGGUUUUGUUGCACCCUCUAGGUCCCCAGCCAACUCCCCCUUCCAGCACAUGCCAGUUAACCAGAAAAUAUAAUUACUACUUGAUGAAGAACGAUUAUGGACCCGGACAGAAUUGGAAAAAGAAAAAUUGUAUACAAAAGUUUAUUGAACAUUAGCACUAUAGUUCUUUUUUCCUUAUGAAUUUGCUCUAAUAUAUAUACAUAAAUCUAUAUAUAUACAUAUAUGUACACAUAAAAAUAUAGUAAAAUCUUUUCCAAACAUCUUUAUCUUCUGGAAUUAUGGGACUAAAAUUGUACGGAAUUGAUUGUUCUUUUUCUUUUUUCCCUCCUUGGCAAAUCCUCUGUCAGCACCAAGGUCUCUCAGAGAGAGAAAAAUGUAUUUAUGUGAUAUAGGAACAUGUAAUAAAGUUUGAUGGAGUUUAGUUAUA